GCUUGUACAUUUCUGCAAAUGCCACUCUUUUCAGCGUCACAAAGAGCCUCGUCUGCCCGGACGUCAAACGCCCAUUCUGGGUCCCUGAGCAAUCUUGUACAUCGCGUGUUGGUCAACACGGCAAAAGAGCAGGAUCGCCAAGAACAGCAGCCGCCAUCCCCGCCGUUAAACUUGGUCACAACCACUCCGUGGAAUGCCACUAGGCUUAUUGUCCGACUUGGGCCGGUGGUUGAAACAUAUGAAAAUUUGGAGGCGGUGGUGCGGUGGAAGGACCCAGUCAAGACCGUUAUCUGGAUGAUCGCUUGGUGUGCGCUGUGCUACUAUCCUACACUCCUCUGCAUUUCCCCCAACCUCUUCAUCAUCGUCAUAAUCUUGCGCAACUUUUACCGAAGGCAACGUGAGGACCAAGAUAACCCACCACCUACGCCACCACCCGUCACAAGCUGGUCGACAAGUAUCGCUGUCGGUUCAGAACCUUACUUGAAAAAUAUGCAGUUUCUGCAAAAUGUCAUGACGGUGUAUUGUGACGCAUAUGACAAGAUCGUUGGUUUCCUCAAGGAUUUGACGUGGACAGAUACUGAGACGACAUCUAGCCUUCUACAGUACGCCCUUGCAUCCAUACCUCUGACAUGGCUAGUCUACUUUACGGUUCCUUUCAACUACCUCCUGAUCUUUGGCGGUCUAUUGAUGUUUCUGCACACCACGACGCAGUUCCGUGCUGUGCACAUCGCGUGGUUGCCCGUGAUGGUCCUUGCAGUGAUCAAGCGCUAUUUGACUACGCUGCUUGAGGCACUCAGGGGCCUAGAACCAUUUCCUCCCCUGAAUAAAGACAAUGGAAUGGUACGCGAGACAGACAAAGUACCUUCUGUAACAGAGGUCCCAGUAACGGUAGCAGUGUUUGAAAAUCAGAGAUGGUGGGCUGGUCCCGGUUGGAUUCCGCACUUACUACCUACGGAGCGACCACCAUGGAGUGAUAGUACCGGUAAAAUUGUCUGUCCGACUCUUGCCGACCACAAGUUACCUGGUCCAGGUUGGGCAUGGGCAGAUCUAGACUGGAAAGUGGAUGCUGAUUGGAUGCCAACGGACACGGAAGGCUGGGUAUACAGUGAUCACAACUGGCUUCAUCCAUCAGGGCAACCGGGACUGGUAUCACUAACGCGACGUCGUCGGUGGGUCAGGUCCAUGCAUCCGCCGAUUGGUGGCAUGGCAACAGGACAGGGAGCAGGAUCAAAAUAAUGCAUCUAUUCACCGAAGCGCAAAAUAUAUGUUAUUUGCAUGUUAAAAAAGUUUCAAUGACUAACUGGCCCCGAGCGCCAGCGCUUUUCCA